UUUUACGUAAGUUGUUCCAAACAUGUUUGUAACGACACCCCCCCCGGUGGUGCACCUUUGGCAAAAGUGGUUUUGGGUCCAAAGAUCAGUGCUGGGACAGCGACCUGCCUGUUAGCAAACAAGACCCUGCAGAGUAUAAAAGCCAGUGUCACAGCAGAGCGCGGGGCAGCCGGAGCCACGCUGAGGGCAGAGCAGGAUGGAGGCACACAUGAACCUCCUGCACGACGCAGGCGUCCGGGCGACUCACUGGCUGCAAGGGCGCUUCCAGGGCUCCCAGGACUGGUUCCUCUUCAUCUCCUAUGCUGCUGACCUCAGGAACGCUUUCUUUGUCCUCUUCCCCAUCUGGUUCCACUUCAACGAGGCGGUGGGCAUCAGGCUCAUCUGGGUGUCUGUGAUCGGAGACUGGCUCAACCUCGUCUUCAAGUGGAUCCUCUUUGGGGAGAGACCUUACUGGUGGGUCCAUGACACGGACUAUUACAGCAACAACUCCGCCCCAGAGAUCCAGCAGUUUCCGCUCACCUGUGAGACUGGCCCUGGGAGCCCAUCUGGCCAUGCCAUGGGGGCAGCAGGCGUGUACUAUGUCAUGGUGACAGCCCUCCUCUCUGCUGCCAUGGGGAAGAAGCAGUCAAGGACUCUUGGAUACUGGAUGCUGUGGACAGUGCUUUGGACAGGGUUCUGGGCAGUUCAGGUCUGUGUCUGCCUGUCCCGUGUCUUCAUUGCUGCUCACUUCCCGCACCAGGUCAUCGCGGGGGUGUUCUCAGGGAUGGCCGUGGCCAAGACCUUCCAGCAUGUUCAGUGCAUCUACCAUGCCAGCCUUCGGCGGUACGUGGGCAUCACUUUCUUCCUCUUCAGCUUCACCCUGGGAUUCUACCUGCUGCUACGGGUGCUCGGCGUGGACCUGCUCUGGACACUGGAGAAGGCACAGAGGUGGUGCAACCGCCCUGAGUGGGUUCACAUCGACACCACCCCCUUUGCCAGUCUCCUCCGUAACCUGGGCAUCCUCUUUGGGCUGGGGCUGGCCCUGAACUCCCACAUGUACCAGGAGAGCUGCCGGGGGAAGCAGGGCCAGCAGCUGCCCUUCCGCCUGGGCUGCACUGCUGUCUCCCUCCUCGUCCUCCAUCUCUUUGAUGCCUUCAAGCCACCCUCCCACAUGCAGCUGCUCUUCUAUGCCCUCUCAUUCUGCAAGAGUGCGGCUGUGCCGCUGGCUGCUGUUGGCCUCAUCCCCUACUGCCUCUCCCAGCUCCUGGUCACACAGGAUAAGAAAGCUGCCUAG